ACCUCCUGUUUUUGCGCCAACCGAACAUCAACACACUUCUAUACAUUCUUUUCUCUCCCGUACCACUACUCAUUUAUUAUUAUUUGGUCUUUCAGGUAGCACACACAAGAUGGCACCUAAUCGUAUCAUAAUAGACACGGAUCCGGGCGUAGACGAUGUCCUCGCGAUGCUGCUUGCUUUCUCGGCGUCGCCGGAGGAGCUGGAGGUGCUGAUGCUGAGUCUUACGUUUGGGAAUGUGGAUGUGCAGAAUUGCCUAAGGAAUAUUGUCACGCUGUUCCAUUACAUUGAGAAAGAGCGCGCGUGGCGGAAAGAGAAUAGGAGGCCGGAGGGGUUUGAGACGCUGAUGAAGAGGAAACCAAUUGUUGCGGUUGGAGCGGAGGAGCCGCUGGCCGAGCAGAUGAUGGUGGCGGAUUUCUUCCAUGGAAUUGAUGGUCUAGGCGGCAUUCACCACAGCCAUCCGCACCUCACACCCGCCGAGACGUGGAAAUCCCUCUUCAAACCUAGGCCAGAUACUCUCUACCCAGAAGAGGCUGCGGAAUUGCAAGCUGUCAAGGAUGCUCACUCGCUCUUCACGCCUUCGCUGAAGCCGGCCCACGAGGAGAUGCUGCAGAUGCUGCGCGAGAACGAGCCGGAUACGAUUACGAUCGUGGCGAUUGGGCCGCUGACGAAUUUGGCGAUUGCGGCGGCUACGGAUCCAGAGGCGUUCUUGAGGGUGAGGGAGGUCGUGGUUAUGGGCGGCGCGGUGGAUGCUCCGGGGAAUCCGCCCAAUCUUUCUCGCUUGUACUCCCCGGACGUCUUGUCGAUUCCAGUCCCGCAUUUCAACCUCAUCAAGCAGCCUGAUACUCCUCUGCGCAGAAGGCUGAAUGAGAGGAACCAGAUGACGCCCGGCGCUGAGUUCAAUACCUAUGCGGAUAGCGUGGCGGCUGCGCGAAUGUACGCGCUCACGAGCCCGCAUCCGAAGACUACAAUGCCGCCUGUGAUCAGCAAGGAGGGAAAGGGACAGCUUCCCGCGUAUCCAGAAACCCUAUCGAGAAGGCUGAAAGUGAAGAUGUUUCCGCUCGAUAUAACAGAGCCCCACCUCAUGCCGCAAUCCCUCUUCAACACACACAUCUCUUCCGCCGCCCUCAGCGGCUCACCGCUCGCCGAAUGGGCCUCGCUCUUCCUCGAAUCCACAUACCGCAAAGUCUUCUCCCAAGACCCCGAGCAAGACCCCGCAAAACUCGGUCUCCAGCUCCACGACCCCCUCACCAUCUGGUACUGCAUGUCGCCCUCGGACCCUAUGUGGAAGUUCACCAAGGACGAGGAUAUCAGAGUGGAGACGUCGGGGCAGUGGACACGGGGUUGUUCUAUUGUUGAUAGGAGGGGUAGGAGUGUAAAGGAGGGGACUGGGAGUGUGGAUGUGGAUGUUGUGGGGGAUGCUGGCGGGUGGAGGGAUUCGAGAAGGGGAAAUAGGAUUCAGAGGUGUGUGGCGAGUCCGGGCGAGGAGAGGUUUGCCGGGGUGUUGUUGGGGAGGGUAUUUGGUGCGGUUUAAGGGGGGCAGCUGAGGGAGGGUUGGAAUAGGGGACUAGAUGCACUCCAACUGCUCAGGACACUGUCA